AUGAAUCGCCUUUUUGGCACCAAGUCGCAGGCGCCCAAGGCGACAUUGAACGAUGCGAUCGGCAAUCUCGAUACGCGGGUAGAAGCCAUCGAUGUCAAGCUCGCCAAAACCAAUGCUGAACUUCAAGGCUACCAGCAAAAGCUGAGCAAGAUGCGAGACGGGCCCGGAAAGCAGGCUAUCAAGCAAAAAGCCCUCAAGAUCCUUCAACGCAAGAAGCAGUACGAAUCGCAGAAGGAUCAGUUACUGCAGCAGUCGUGGAACAUGGAGCAGGCGAACAUGAUGCAGGACAACCUCAAAAAUGUCAUGACUACGGUCGACACCUUGAAGACCACCAACAAGACCCUCAAGCAGCAAUACGGCAAGAUCGACGUGGACAAGAUCGAGAAGAUGCAAGACGAGAUGGCGGACUUGAUGGAGAUUGGCAAUGAGAUCAACGAGAGCAUAAGUCGUGCCUAUGAUGUACCGGAGGAUGUCGAUGAGGCCGAGUUGGAUGCCGAGCUCGAGGCGCUGGGAGAGGACAUGAUGUUUGAGCAAGAGCAGGGCGUGGGCGAAGGCAUGCCUUCUUUCCUACAGGAUGAAGUGCCGCCGACCUUUGUCGACGAGCCGCCCGAGCAGAACAAAGACAAGGUCAAGGAGGCAGCAGGUGGCGUUGGCUAA